AAGGAUCGGGUUCGGAAAUGAGAAAAUGGUGAACUCGAAUAAUUUUUGACAUGAGUGUGAAGCUGUUUUAACUCGCAAUUUUCAAGGUCAAUGGGAUAGAAAAAAAGUAGAGGCUUCAUUAUUUGUUUGCACAUUACAGUAAAAGGCACCAACAGGAUCCAAACCCAGGCAUUACAGACUAGAAUGUUUACUGACUCAUUAUCGAUAAUUUUACCACUUGCCCAUCCAUGUGUAUUGUGAAUGGACAUUUUAAAAAUAAAUGAUGAGACAAAAAUGAGCUGGUCUGUUGACACCAAACUCAGACCCCAGCAAAGGCUGGACAAGAAGUGGAUUAAGACAAACCUGCAGGGCAUUUUUAAUCGAGAUGAACUAAGCUCAUUGUGGAAUGAACUAGUCAAGGAAGGAGAAAUCUCUGUCAGUCACAAUGAUGGACUCAUCAACAGUGCAGGUGUGCUGGCCAGGAAAGGAGAGACUGGGAAGUAUUACUGUGGGAUGAAGGUUCUAACAUGUAGCUGUUGUGAUGGACACUGUGGGCCUAACAAUGGCUGCAAUUGUCUCCCCUGUCAGAAAUUAGACCAGGAGGAAGCACAACAACACAAGGAGGACCUAUCCAGCCCCAAACAGUCCCAGCCGAUCAUCAACUCCUGGACCUGGGGGGACCAGCCAGAUUCUAGUCAGCUAAAACAAUGCUUGAAGUCCAUUCUGUUUGAACAUCAGAAGCUCUGUACUGAAGCUUCAUGCACUUCGGCCUCCAUCACCCGGCUACAGCAAAGAUUGGCCGUUCUUCAGCGAUACUUCAUUGCCCUUGGAAGACAAUCACCAAACGAGGGGAGACAACCCUCCAAGAAAAGUCAGGCUGAUCAGACCAAUCUUAAUAAACAAAAAAGCUCCAUGAAACCAGCUGAGAAGGCAACAAUGGGUCUGGCCAGAGUGGGGUCCAGAGCAGCACUUAGUUUUGCCUUUGCUUUUCUGCGUCGUGCCUGGCGGUCUGGAGAGGAUUCGGAUUUGUGCAGUGAGCUGUUACAGGAAUCAUUGGAAGCCCUGCAGUCCCUGCCAGAGGCCACACUCUUUGAAGAAAGCAGGGUGUCAAGUGUGUGGUUAGAAGUGGUUGAUAGAGCUUCCAGUUUUCUACAAGGAGUUGUUAGAGGGAUUUCGAGUCAAUCAACUAGUCCAAGCAAGAUUCCCAUCCAGGAUCAACAGAUGGCGCUAUGUCUUCUGCUCGAGCUCUCUGUGCAGAGGGGCUCACUCAGCCAUGUUCUCAGCUCAGUGCUGCUUUUACUCAAUCUCUGGAACAACAGCUGUCAGGAAUCUGACAACCGGAUCAACACUGGACUGAACUGUGCACCCUUAAUCCGGCUGCUGGAAAGAUUCCAGGCCAUCAAAGGGUCGAAGUCUAGAGUGUAUUGGGAACAAAGGAAAUUGGAGGAGUCGGAUGUACAGAUAGCCAGUCCCACUGAGAUCUUUUUGAACUACCUGACGUACCCUGAAGACCCCAACACAUUGAUAGAUCUCCGAAUGUCAGCAGUUGUCAUCAUGUCACACUUGGAUCGAUUAUCAGUGCCAUAUCUCCACCCAUUCGGUGCACAAAAGUCUUUGAAACAAGGUAGCACUCAAGAAGUUAUGGGGCUGGGCUGGUUGGCCUGGGCUGCAGAGGGAGGGGCAACAGGGCCCUAUUUGAUGGACUUCUUUGCAGACAUAGGGGGAGUCCAACAGAUUGCCUGCUCAGAGAGGUGUUGUCUGAUCUUAUCCAAGGCUGGCAGGGUGUACAUGUUGUACUACACAAGCUUAUCACCAACACUGCAGCAGUUAAAUGGUUUUGGCGACAGAGAGGUUAUCAAGAUUGCUGCCCACCCAGACGGCAAGCACUACAUGGGUCUUACCAGUGAUGGGGAGGUGUUCUCUUGGGGAAAUGGGGACGGAGGAAAACUGGGGCAUGGGGACUACAUAAAUCGCGAGGAGCCUGUCCUUAUAACAGGUCUUAUAGGAAAGGAAGUGACCAAGAUUUGUUGUGGGAGUUCAUACAGUAUGGCUCUGACAGCUAAUGGAGAAGUGUACUCCUGGGGGAAGGGAAAUUUUGGUCGCUUGGGUCAUGGAAGCAGUGAGGAUCAAACGGCCCCCAUUCUCCUCAAAUUCUUUAAGGGCCAUCGCAUCAUGGAUAUUGCAUGUGGAAGUGGAGAUGCUCAGACUCUUGCUGUUACUGAUACAGGUGCUGUUUAUUCCUGGGGAGAUGGUGACUAUGGAAAGCUAGGUAGAGGAGGAAAUGAUGGCUGUAAGACUCCCAAAGUCAUUGAGAAGCUGAUGGGUCAGGACGUGGUUCGGGUCUUCUGUGGCGCUCAAUUCAGCCUGGCUCUAACAAAGUCGGGGGCCGUAUACUCCUGGGGUAAGGGAGAUAACUACAGACUAGGUCAUGGAACAGAAGAUCAUGUAAGACACCCUAAACAGAUUGAGGCACUGUCUUCUAAAAAGGUUAAGGACAUUGUCAUUGGAUCUCUUCACUGUAUGGCUGUUACAGAGGAUGGAGAGCUGUAUGGGUGGGGUCGUAAUGAACAGGGACAGCUAGGAAGCCUCUCCAUCAGCAACUUCACAGAGCCCACUCUUACUUCAGGAAUGGAUGGCAAGAAUAUCGUUGGGGUUGGAUGUGGCCCAAAUCAGACAUUUGCCUGGACCAGUGGGGGUCAAUGGAUGGUGGGGAGCCGAGUACCAUUUAUUGUAGACGUGUGUAAAAGUACUUUUGAGCAGCUGGAUGAACUGUUGGCUGAGGUCUGUGUGGAUAUGGAUGGACAUUGCGAUUGGCCACCUCCACAGGACAAAGAAUGUCUAGCUGUGGCUGGACUGAACCUCCUUAAUUUGCAGUUUCAUGCAACCAUCUGUCAGUCAGAAAGCACAGAGCACUUGGGUCUUGGCCCUGGUACUCAACUUGUAACCAGUCUAAAGCAGAGAGUAGUUUCCCUUGCCAGUAACCAAGGUGUCAUCAAUACAGUCCAGUUUGCUGCCCAGAAUGCCUUACAGAGUGGAUGGUCCAUCUUGCUGCCUACUGCCGAGGAAAGGGCCAGAACUCUGUCAACUCUUCUGUCUAAUGAAGUGGUGGGACAUGAUAGCAGUGUUAUGAGUCCUGGACAGAGGUUUAUGACUGACCUCCUCGUCAGUAGCCUAAUGGCAGAUGGAGGUUUGGAGUCUGCACUGGAAGCUGCCAUUAAAAAUGACAUCACAGAGAUUGAGGGCAAAAAGGAAACAGAGGAAACCCACGAAUUGUUGACUUGUGAGAAAACAGGGGACAUUGAGGCAGGGCCACUUGAUCCCAGUGAUAGUGAUGAGAAUGGGGCAACCAUUCCUCUCCUUCAGCUCAUACAACAACUUUUAAGGAAUUCUGCUUCCUACUCAUUGUCUCACUUGGAGGACAUUUCUAAGGACCACUUCCUGCAGACAGAAGAGCGGGACUCAUGUGACACCUCCCCCUCACUGGACCUUCUCUUGCAGGUGCAGAGACUGCUGGUGUCUAGGAUCUUUCCCCUGGAUGGGGAGGGACCAGUUCUGACCACGGGGACAGAGAAAGAGUUGCAGUUCCUGGGAGCGGGGUCGCUGCUGAGGAAGUACAUCCUGUUGCUAUGUAACCAUGCCUCUAUGAUUCUUCCUCAGGCCACCAGUCUGGCCUGUAUCAGCAGCAGACACUUCUCUGUUGUAUCCAGAGUUCUCACAAAAGAUGUCACAGGUGUUCUGCUGCCUGAGAUGGUGACAUCUAUGGUACUGCUACAACUGAAGGCCCCAGGGGUCAUCCAGUCUUCUCGGUCAGUUCCGGUGCUGGAGGAGAUACUGGAUAUUCUGGACACCUAUAACAAACUGGCACCAGGACUGGACCGUGAUGACAAGGAGGAUUUAUCCUGGCCAGGGGUGUGGAGUUACACUUUGGAAAAAUACACUCAGAAGUCCAGUGAGGACAUAAAUAUUAUUCGUCAGGCUGACCUAGAGAAUCACAACAAGGAUGGGGGGUUAUGGGUAGUGAUUCAUGGCAAGGUGUAUGAUGUACAGGAAUUUAAAGCCCAGGCUCCGUGUGGCACUGAGAGACUACUGAGCUUUGCUGCCAAAGAUGCGACAGAUGCUUUUGAGUUGGAACAUCACUCAGAUGAAGCUAGAGAACUUAUGAAGUCCUUCUAUGUUGGACAGUAUUUGGAUCCAAAGAAGGAUAUUGUGCAGACGUCGGAUGUUAGUACUGCAUCCUCCCCUGUGAUGGACACUCAGCGGACACUCGGGGUGCUGCUGGGACUCCAGGCCGCCUAUCAAGCCAGGGGAACUAGCCGCUCACCCGAGGAAGAGGAGUAUCAUGAUUGGCUGAAAUCCGAGUUCUUUGCUGGGGGGCUACAGGUCUUGCAACCCAAAAAUCAGUUUGAGGAAGAAAAGGGAGAGAGUAGAGGGUCUGCUUCAGGGGGAACAACUCCUGGAGUUACUCCCACCUCAGAGGUUAGACAUGUGCCUGGCUUAUCAGAGAAGGAGAAGCUGUUUGACCGACAGGCUUCACAGGCUGACACGUCUCGUCCAUUCCUGUCCUCCCUAGCAGAGAGCCGUGUACAAGACACUAGUGUAAAAACAUUCCUAUCUGUAAUGGAAAAAUAUCUGAAACAUCACCAUCUGUUUUCCAUUGAGUUUCCAUUAGAUCACCCUCUGGAGGAGGUCAGCAGAAUACUCCUGGCGGUGCUUCUGAAGCACCAUGACCUGGGACAUGCAGCAAUAGCAAUAGUUGAACAAGGAGAACACACCAAGCAUUCCAUCCCUAAGUCAAUAACGGAGCUCUUCAAAGUGAUCAGCAAAACUAAACGAAGUCUGAUACAGAUACAUCAAGAACAGGGGCGAUCAUACAAGGAGGUCUGUGCCCCUGUGAUAGAGAGGUGUAGAUUUCUCUUUAAUGAAUUAAGACCAGCCAUAGGUAACGAGGUUAAUGCCAUGAGUCGCUCCUGUUUGCUGAGAAGCAUUCCUCGGUGGAAGCAGGUAUCCUUGAAGAUGAUGGAUGACAAGAGAAGAUCCAAAAGAACUAAAGGGGUAGAAAUAGUGACAGAGAAUGAAGAACCUGUUGAUGUCAAAGUGGAGAGUGAGGUGGUGAUGUUAGGAGCUGAAAGUGGAGAGAGAAGUGAGAAAGUGGAUGAAGCUCUUUCUGAGGUAGAUAUUGUGGAGAAAACCAAGCCAGGGGAGGAGAGCGAAGAAGAGGUCAGAGUUUAUCCUAAAGGAGGUGCUCCAAAGAAGAUGGAUGAACCAGAAGGUGGAGCCAUUAUGACAGAUCAAAAGUUUAGAGGUCAUCGAAAUAAACGGCAGGAUUCGUGGAAGGACAUUGCUAGUACAGUCACAAGUGCCCAGAAAUUCCGUUGGCUGAGACAGAGAAUGACGGGACACAUAGCGGACAUGCCCCUAUUGAACAAAAUUAUAGAAUUUGUGUUGUAUGAACAUCCUAUUGACAUAGAAAAGCUCAGGCGGUCCCUACACCACCAGGUGGAGAGGGCCCAAAUGCGUCUGACUGGCAUCCAGACGAUGCUGUCCCUAGUACAUCGAGACUAUUUGUUGGCAUCCUGUAAAUAUGCAAUCUUGUGUGGAUGGUUGGGCCUACUGACCAUUGGAGAACGAGUGUGUUCCCCUGUUCCCCAAUGUUUGUCAGAUGUUCAACUGAUUCCCCCGUGUGAUAGGAUCCUCCUGGAGAUGACCUAUUCUGACCUUUACAAAUGGGCCAUUAAAGAAUUGAGGACAGCUGUUAUUCAGGCUGAUAUGAAGUUUAAAUCAAGGGGGAUAAAUCCUGCUAUUCCACCAGUUGACACAACCAAGGAGCGGUUAAGUCUUGGAGCACUGCCACAGUCACGCUUUAUUUUGGCCAUGCUUGGAAUCCUGGUGUCUGAACACCAGUCAAGCAGCCUAAGUUUGCUGAUCAAUUCAGGGAUUCUGGGAUUGUCACAGACAUUAAUGAGGCUCGUAGGACCAGAUCCUGACCGAAUUCUACAGGACAAUAUGGUGUCAAUGUGUGCUGUGUUGGAGGAACAAAAACACAAGAAACAGUCGGCCCCUGUUCCUAUCUCAGGCCCAGAACUGGCAGCCAUGAUGAAGAUAGGGACUCGUGUGAUGAGGGGUGUCGACUGGAAAUGGGGGGAUCAGGAUGGUCCUCCCCCCAGCCUGGGACGGGUGAUAGGGGAGUUAGGAGAUGACGGAUGGAUCCGAAUUCACUGGGACACAGGAAGUACCAACAGUUACAGGAUGGGGAAAGAGGGAAAGUAUGACCUUAAACUGGCUGAACCUCCAGAAAUGCCAGAUAAUGACGAUAAUGAAGAAGACGAACUGGAAACGGAUCCUGUUAAAGCAGAAAGCAGGCACCCAACGGCCAUCAUACGUCGGUCGACUCUGUAUCUACUGCGCAAUCUCUCCCUGUCCUGUGGAAUAUAUGCAGAACAAGCUCAAAGAGAGGCAGUCAGUGCAUUGUGUGGACUCAUGAGAAAAAUUCUGGAUGCUGGCUGUAACUAUGGAAUCAAUUCCAACUUCAUACCGACACAGAUUGCCAGUGAGCAACACUAUAGCUGGUGCACCCUUGGGUACGUGCGGUCAAUUGCGACAAGUCCAGUCAUCUGUGAAGCUCUUAGCUCACAAAAGUGGAUUGAUUUGUUGAUAAAAAUUCUGGAGGAUGAAAAGCCUUCACAACCAACCAAAAACAUCAUCAAACAGAUUUUGAUUCUGAGAUUUUUGGAGUCAGUACUGCCUCACUGGAGUAAGAAGGUGGAUCAGACGCGAAUAACAACAAUCGUACACCGACUCUUCAACCUACUGGGCAAAGUCAUCAUGGGCUGUUCGGCUGAUCCUACACUUUUCUCCCAAAAUGAUGCUUUGAGGAAGAGCCACAAACCUUGUGUGUCAGUCUCUUUGACAGCCUCCUACACUAGCACUGUAGCGGAGGAGAUAGUGUGUCUCUUACGAACUCUUCACAUUAGUGAGUGUUGGAAUGCCUACAUCAACGCCUUCAUCACAGACCAGCUCGUCAACAUCGGAGACAUGAUGGUGGAGAAAGUAUGCCCGUCACAGGAGCUCCUUUCUGAGGACAAAGAGUUAGUCGAUCAUCUGCCGAUGGUUUUGGCUUGCCUUGCUGUGAUUGGUGGGCUGGAUAACAGAGCCCGCCUAGGGGGCAGAGUGGAACAUGAUGACUACGGUUUUGGAACUAUAGCUAAGAUCACAUCAAAGGGGAAAAUCCAUGUACAGUUUGAAGAUGGCAGUCUGCGAGCUUGUAGACUGACAGAAUUGACUGUGGCUGGUAACCAGAAGUUUUGUGUAAGCAAGUUAGAAAUGACCCCUGAUGUCAUCAAAAUGUGGUCAGCUAUUGUUGGUUUCACGGCUACAGGGCUAAAGAUGGAGAAGGAUUUCCCCAAAGACAGACCUCUGGCCUCCAGCACUGCCAGCAUGGAGUCUGAACACACCUCAGCCAGUGGUGUAGAUGUGAGAGAACUAAGAAAACAACAACUAAAAUUGGGACUUCUUCGAGCCUCUAGAGUCCUUCUGUCCUGUCAGCCGCAUCUCCGUCAGAUCCUGUGUGGAAUCUCUGUGGUGGAUCUAGGACUAUCGGAGGUGGAGGCAGGGGUUGAGGAGAUUAAUGAUGAGGAUCCAGAGAGUGACCCUUCAUCGACUAAUACAAUUCUUCAACAGCUGAUGAGUGUGGCCACACAACCUUCUCCCAUCAAAGCUGUGUUCUCUAGAGAAGAACUAGAGGGAGCUGCUUUGGCAGUAGCUCAGUAUUUGAUAGCCAUAAGCCAGCUGGAAAUUGACGAUUCAGAAUCCUCCGACUCCGAGAGCGAGAGUGAGCAGGCUCUUCCCAUCAGACCCUCAACAGAGGUGCCAAACAACACCAACAAACCUCAUAAAGCAAAGAAACUUAGAAAUCAAGAACCUAGGAACCAGGAACCUCAGGCGGAGGUCAAUCCGGUAGUGACUCAGCUCAUGGAAAUGGGAUUUCCCAAGAAAAAUGUCAAGCUGGCUAUAAAGACUGUUGGGAGUUCCUCUUUGUUACCUAACCCUGACCAGCCCAGUAUUGAGGCCCUGGUAGGCUGGCUGAUUGAGCACCCCCAGAUAAAUGUACACGACAUGGACGACACCGACAGCGAGUCGGAGGAUUACUCCACAGACUCUGACGCCACGUCAGAGGAUUUCGAGGAGAACUCUUACGAUGUUAACACUGAAGUGGUGACAUACGGAAGCUUGACGAAUGAGGCUGUAGGUAUUGUUCCAUCAACCACCACCACUCCACAGCAGACGUUCAAAAAGCGAGCCGACUUCCUGAGCAACGAUGAGUACGCCAUGUAUGUCAGAGAUACCAUAAAACCCAACAUGAGCGUUAGGUGCUGUCGCACUUACGAGGAGGUUCAUGAAGGGGAUAUCGGCAAAGUCGUCAAGCUGGACAGAGAUGGCUUACAUGACCUGAACAUCCAAGCCGAUUGGCAGAGGAAAGGUGGUACAUACUGGGUCAGAUAUAUACAUGUGGAAAUUCAGGGAUUCACGGGAAACGAGACCGGGACCACUCAGAAAAUCUCAGUCGGAGACAAAGUUCAUGUCAAACCCAAUGUGGUCACUCCUACUUAUAAAUGGGGCUCUGUAUCUCAUAAUUGCAUAGGGACUGUCACAGCUAUCAAUGCUAACGGUCGAGAUCUGACGGUAGACUUCCCCCAGCAGUCUCAUUGGACGGGAGUUAUUGAUGAAAUGGAAAUUGUGCCAAGUUCUCACCCUGGCAUAGGGUGUGAUGAAUGUGAUCUCUUCCCCAUAGUGGGCCCCAGAUAUAAAUGCCAGAAAUGUGCCAGUUAUGAUAUGUGUGAAAACUGUUUCAGAAUCAAGAAACACAAGCAUAGUCAUGUCUUUCUCAAAAUCUCCGAACCAGAUUGUGAACCAGCAUAUGCUGGUAAAGCAGGCAGACAGAGAAGGAAGUUUGGUGUCAUGUCUUCCAGAUCUGUAAUUGAUGAUUGGCAUGCAUGUGUUAAGGCCAUCACUGUGUCAUCACGGGAAAAUCAGGCCCACAGACUGAUCAAUGGAAACAGUGGAUAUUGGCAGAGUUCAGGGUCACAGGGCAAGCACUGGAUCCGAUUAGAGAUGCAGACAGACAUCCUUCUACACAGACUCUACAUGAAAGUGGAGCCCUCUGACUCCAGCUACAUGCCAAGUUUGGUGGUUAUCAGUGCUGGAGAUACCUUGAACUCCAUGAAAGAGAUCCGUGCCGUCAAUAUCACGUCCACAGAAUCUGUGGUGACCCUUUUGCAGGACCUCAAUGAUUACUUCCGCUUUAUAGAAAUUGGCAUCAAGCAAUGUCGCAGUAGUGGCAUUGACUGUAAGGUUCAUGGUCUAACGAUUCUUGGGAGAUUACGAUCAGAUGAGGAUGAUGCUGCUGCUAACUUUUCAUUCCUUGCAUCAGACAGAGAGGAGGAAGAAGAGGAGAAAGUCAGUAGUUCAUCUGCCAAAAAAAAGAAAAAAUCAACAACCAAAGAAAUUCAAACUAAUGUCUUCUGCUGGGGGCUGAAUGACAAAGAUCAGUUGGGUGGGCCUAAAGGGUCAAAGAUUAAACUCCCUACCUUGAAUGACAACCUAUCAGCUCUGAGAUGUGUUCAGAUUGUAGGAGGAUCCAAAAGUUUAUUUUGUGUGACUCAAGAAGGAAAAGUUUAUGCCUGUGGAGAGGCCACCAAUGGGAGAUUGGGUUUGGGAAUCAGUACAGGUACUGUUUCAGUUCCAAGACAAAUCACCUCACUCAGCCAAUACGUCAUCAAAAAAGUAGCUGUCCAUUCAGGUGGACGACACUCAUUAGCUUUGACAACAGAUGGGAAGGUUUUCUCCUGGGGAGAAGGGGAUGAUGGGAAACUUGGGCAUUUUAGUCGCUGGAACUGUGAUAAGCCUCGACUGAUUGAGGCUCUGAAAUCUAAGCGAGUGAGGGACAUUGCUUGUGGGAGUUCACACAGUGCUGCCAUUACGUCUAAUGGAGAUUUGUACACCUGGGGCCUGGGAGAAUAUGGCAGACUUGGGCAUGGAGACAAUACAACACAGCUGAAACCUAAACAGAUCAAGGCGUUAGCAGAUAAACGAGUGGUACAGGUGGCCUGUGGAAGCCGUGAUGCCCAAACUCUGGCCUUGACAGACGAGGGCAGUGUCUACUCAUGGGGGGAUGGGGAUUUUGGAAAAUUAGGUCGAGGUGGGAGUGAGGGUUGCAAUGUUCCUCAUGAAGUUGAAAGACUGCGAGAUCAGAAGGUGUGCCAGAUUGAAUGUGGAGCCCAGUUUUCUUUAGCUCUGACCAAGUUAGGACAAGUGUGGACAUGGGGCAAGGGAGACUAUUUUCGAUUGGGUCAUGGAACAGAUGCUCAUGUUAGGAAGCCUCAGAUAGUGGAAGGACUGAAAGGGAAGAAGAUUAUCCAUGUAGCAGUGGGGGCACUUCAUUGUCUAGCUGUCACUGACACAGGACAGGUGUUUGCAUGGGGUGAUAAUGACCAUGGACAACAGGGAAAUGGAACCACCACCGUCAACAGGAAGCCAGCCCUGGUGGUUCUAGAGGGGUACAAAAUCAGUAAGGUGGCAUGUGGCUCAUCCCACAGCAUUGCCUGGGCCACCACCGAUAUGUCUGUUCCCACCACUCAUGAACCAGUACUCUUCUCAACUUCAAGGGAUGCCCUUGGGGCAACAUUACUGGGUGUGAGUGACAGCAAUACCGAUGAGAAUUCAGUGUUGUCCUCAUCAACACAGAGCACCACGUCCAAAGCUGUCCGACCAUCAUUGGCCAAAAUCAUCCUGUCCCAGGACACUGAUAUCAGCAAACAACAGGCCCUGGGCUACAUUCUCACUGCCCUGCAGAUUCUGUACUCUAGGGAUGCCAUUGUUAAGUCAUUGGAAACAGACGGACAGCCAGUACCUGUGUCUCAGGACAUGAAACCGCUCGGCAUGACAUCAUUAGCGACCAGUAUGGAGGAACUCUCUACAGAGAGAGAGGAAGUUUUACACAGGGAAGGGACUGAGGAGGUGCUAGACCAUGCAGAUAUACAACUCACAUUGGGGGAUAAUGUUUCAGAGACUGUUAGUGGGGUGCACUCAGAAAUUUCAUCAUACACGAGCAUGCAAAGUCUGGCAGCUUUAGUUCCUAUGGAAACAAGCAUCAUGGCAGAGACUUUGACCUCUGCAGAUGAGGUCAUGAGCACCAUGGAAACAGGCCCAACAUCAUUCCCAUCAGGACUGGACGAUUUCACCGUGCGAAUGUCUGUCAAUGAUGCUCGUAACUUGGUGGAGUUGUUGAAGCUUGCUGUGGCUUCUAGAAUGGGAGAGCCUGCCAGGGAGUGUUUGUCUGACAAUCUGACUCGUCUGGCCAAGGCGUACCCUCAGGUAGCGGAGAUGUUGCUGGAGUUGUGUGUUACGGAGCUGGAGGAUGUGGCAUCGGAUCGUGUUUGUGGGAGGUUGCCGCAACCAGUGAUUCAGGAGAGUCCACACCCGUACAGCGACGACGCCUCCCUCAGUGGUACAGUCAAAAUACCAGGAGCUGAUUCAUUGAGGGUGGAGUUUGACCGCCGAUGCUCCACAGAGAGGAGGCAUGAUCCCCUGACGAUCUCCGACAGUUCUGGCAGGACCCUGGCUGUCAAAUCAGGACGGGAGUGGUCGGACUGGUCCCAGGAACUCCGGAUCGACGGAGAUGAACUGCGGUGGAAGUUUGUCAGUGAUGGCUCUGUCAACGGAUGGGGUUGGUAUUUCACCGUCUAUCCCAUCAUGCCCGCCGCUGCCCCCAUGGACAUGCUGUCAGACAGGACAGUUCUCUCCCGGCCCUCCAUAGAUCUUGUUACGUGUUUACUAGACUUCAAACUGGAGAUUAAUCGGGACAGAAAUAUCGUCACCCGACUUGCUGCAACCUUGGCUGCCAAUGCUCAACUAAGUUCUCUAGGGUCUAGUCAGCGGAUGUGGGCGUUACAGAAGCUGCGGAAACUCAUGACCAGCAGCUCCGACCAGAUUGUCAAUGUCAACACUUUACUGGCCAGUCCCACUUUGGAGACAGCAGAACCAGAUCUGUCCACGAGAUCCCCUACAGCAUUAUUAAGUAGUUCAUCAGUGACCUCCCUGGUUAAGGGUCUGCCUGAGGCCCUUCAAAGGCAGUAUGACUAUGAGGAUCCUAUCGUCAGAAGUGGAAAACAUCUGAUGCACAGCCCUUUCUUCAAGGUCCUGGUGGCCCUGGCUUGCGACCUGGAACUGGAUAAACUCAGUUGCUGCAGUGAGGCUCACAAGUGGGCCUGGUUCCGGCGAUACUGUAUGGCAGCUCGAGUUGCUAAUGGUAUUGUCCAUAGGACUAAUCUGCCAGUCUCCUUCCUGGAGGAAGUCCGGAAAAAGAUUCAGGAUAUUUCUGGUGAUGAAGAUGAAGCUACAAGUGCCCACGAAAAUCAUAAGGUUUUCAAUCAAGAACAAGAUGAACAACUCUUGUUGUGGCUAAACAGGAAACCUGAAGAAUGGACACUGUCCUGGGGAGGAAGUGGUCAAAUCUGGGGUUGGGGGCACAAUCACAGGGGUCAGCUUGGAGGAGUAGAUGGUGCCAAGGUCAAGCAGCCAGUCAGCUGUGAGGCUCUGGCUGUCACAAGGCCAAUCCAACUUGUCGGAGGAGAGCAGACUCUAUUUGCAGUCACUGCUGAAGGAAAGGUAUUUGCCACAGGAUAUGGGGCAGGCGGAAGGCUAGGAGUGGGAGGAACAGAGUCUGUUUCCCACCCUACACAACUGGAAUCCAUCCAACAUGUGUUUAUCAAGAAACUGGCUGUCAACUCAGGAGGGAAGCACUGCCUAGCUCUCUCUGCGGAGGGAGAAGUGUACUCCUGGGGCGAGGGGGAGGAUGGAAAACUUGGUCAUGGAAACAGAAGUCCUUGUGACAGGCCAAGAGUAAUAGAUUCUCUGAGGGGGAAGGAAGUGGUAGAUAUUGCAGCAGGAGGGGCACAUAGUGCCUGUAUCACGGCCAAUGGGGAACUGUACACAUGGGGGAAGGGGCGUUACGGUCGCCUGGGUCAUGGAGACAGUGAGGAUCAGCCCCGACCAAAACUGGUAGAGGCCCUGAAAUCUUACCAUGUAAUUGACAUUGCGUGUGGCAGUGGUGAUGCUCAGACACUGUGUAUCACUGAUGAUGACAACGUCUGGUCAUGGGGAGAUGGUGAUUAUGGAAAGCUAGGCCGGGGAGGAAGUGAUGGUUGUAAAGUGCCAAUGAAAAUAGAAACACUGCAAGGUCAAGGAGUCAUGAAGGUGGAAUGUGGGUCUCAAUUCUCUGUGGCUUUGACCAAAAGUGGAGCUGUCUACACGUGGGGUAAGGGAGACUACCAUCGUUUGGGUCAUGGAUCUGAUGAUCAUGUCAGGCGACCACGAAGGGUGUCAGCUCUCCAGUCCAAAAAGGUCAUUGAUGUAGCAUGUGGGUCACUUCACUGUGUGGCCUGUACUGAUUCAGGGGAGGUGUAUUCCUGGGGAGACAAUGAUGAGGGACAACUUGGAGAUGGAACCACCAAUGCUAUCCAGAAACCACGCCUGGUGACCUCACUGCUAGGUAAGAAGAUCAACCGAGUGGCUUGUGGUUCUGCACACAGCUUAGCCUGGUCCACCAACAAAGCUGUCAGUGCAGGAAAGCUCCCCACUGCCAUCCCCAUGGAGUACAACCACCUUCAGAAUCUCCCCAUCACUGCCCUCAGGAACCGCCUGAUGCUGCUCCACCACUUCUCGGACCUCUUCUGUCCAUCCAUCCCUAUGUUUGACCUACAGAACAGAAGUCAAGUGGAGGUCAGGAAUGAUAUCAUUACAGGACUGGACAACCUCAGAGGAGUCAUCGUGUCCUCUGUGAAGGAGGCUGCCUUCAGAAAAGUUGUUCAGGCAACCAUGGUGAGGGAUAAACAACAUGGACCGGUGGUGGAACUGAACCGACUGCAGGUGAAGAGAGCCCGCAGUAAGGGAGGGUAUGCUGGACCAGAUGGGACCAAGUCUGUGUUUGGACAGAUGGCCAGUAAAUUGACCUCAUUUGGGCCAGACAGUUUAAUGUUGCCACAUAGAGUUUGGAAAGUCAAGUUUGUAGGAGAGAGUGUGGAUGACUGUGGUGGGGGAUACAGUGAGUCAGUGGCUGAAAUGUGUGAUGAGUUACAAAAUGGAUCCCUCCCCCUUCUUAUUGUCACACCUAAUGGUCGAGGAGAGUCUGGCGCCAACAGAGACUGCUUUAUCUUCAAUCCCAUGGCCAAGUCACCGGUGCAUGUCAACAUGUUCAAAUUUCUAGGUGUCCUGUUUGGCAUUGCAAUACGCAGUGGCAGUCCUCUCAGCCUGAACAUUGCAGAACCUGUCUGGAAACAGGUGGCUGGCAUGCCCCUCAGUUUGUCUGACCUGGCAGAGAUUGACAAAGACUGUGUCCCAGGGCUGAUAUAUAUAAAGGAUCUAACAGAUGACAAACUACAAGCUGUAGAAAUGCCUUUUAGCAUUCCAAGCUCUUCUGGCCAGGAGGUACAAUUGUCAGCAAAAUACAGCAAGAUCACACCAGCAAAUAAAAUGGAGUACAUCAAACAAGCUAUUAAUUAUAGAUUGCAUGAGUUUGAUGACCAAGUCAAGUGGGUCAGAGAGGGGAUGUCGAAGGUCAUCCCAGUGCCUCUCCUGUCACUGUUCACGGGACUGGAACUGGAAACCAUGGUGUGUGGCAGCCCAGACAUUCCGCUGUACCUGUUGAAGUCUGUGGCAACAUACAAAGGCGUGGAUGCUAAUGCGCCCCUGGUCAGCUGGUUCUGGGAGGUGAUGGAGGAGCUGUCGAACAAUGAAAGGUCCCUGUUCCUGAGGUUCGUGUGGGGCAGGACCCGAUUACCUAGGUCAAUAGCUGACUUCAGAGGAAGGGACUUUGUGCUACAGGUGCUGGAUAAAUAUAACCCCCCAGACCACUUCUUGCCAGAGAGCUACACCUGCUUCUUCCUGCUAAAGAUGCCACGUUACUCGUGCAAACUGGUGUUACGAGAAAAACUCAAGUACGCCAUCCACUUCUGUCGUUCCAUAGACACAGACGACUACGCUCGUGUAGCUCUGACCGGGGAAAUCCUGGUCAACGAUACCCCUGACGCCAGCGAAGACUCGGAGGAUAUUUACAGCAUGGAAUCUGACGGAGAAAUUGUGGAUUCGGAUUCGAGUCUUGUCUGAACUGGAUUUCUUUGUAUCUAGUCUAGGGAAUCAUGAGACCUAAAACAAUGAUACAAAACUUGGAUGUAAAUUCCAUAUUUUGUGAAAGGAGGUGACUCUAAGAUGUUGUAUCAUGAAAUAAAUAUUGUUUUAAAGAUCAAGAAAACGGUGACCAUGGGUUGUCUGUAGAUUUGAAUGUCGCACAAUUUUGUAAAUAUGGUAACAUCUCAUUCCAUGGGAUUAAAUCACCAAGUGACACAAAUUGCCAUUCAGACUGGAAACUUAGUAUAUUUAUGUGAAUGAGCACUCAUUUCAUUUUUUCUUGCAGGUGUUAAUUGAUCACACCAUAGUGAAUUAUAAUGGUGCACCUUAGUUUGAUCAUGGUAAAGGCAAUUUAAUACAAAUACAUCAUAUUGAAUACAUUCAAUGUUAUACACGCUGAUGAACCAAUAGAUAUAUUGUAUAUGAAGUCUAUAACUCUGUUAGAUAUUUUGUGAGGUUGUCCCAGACUUUUAUAAAAGAAUGGGGACAUGAAGUGUUAUCAGCAACUAACUAAUGUCACAAAAAUCUUCUUAGCUGAAUUGUUAUCCUGUGCAUCUUCAAUUCUAAAAUAAUUCAUUAUGCCUGUAUUUUGAUGAUUUCUAAAAUAAUUCAUUAUGCCUGUAUUUUGAUGAUUUCUAAAAUAAUUCAUUAUGCCUGUAUUUUGAUGAUUUCUAAAAUAAUUCAUUAUGCCUGUAUUUUGAUGAUUUUCAUGCUAUUGAAUGUGUUUUACUUUAGUCAAAUGAAUUUUUUAUUUUGCUACAAUCACAUGUAUGUAACAAUCCAGUGUUGUUUUUUUUGUAAGUAUUUUAUUAAAUGAUGUACUGUUGUGUUGUCUUCAGUUUGGCAACACUGAUGUAGUGUCCAUACUUGUUUUAUUCUGCGUUUUUUUUUUUGUUUUUGUUUUUGUCUUGCAGUGUAUUAGCUGCUGCAGUAUUUGAAGUGAACAUUGUCUUUGUUUCAGACAUUAUAAGUACAUGUGUGUACAAUGUGGGGAGUGUAAGUGAGUAUUUUUCAAUAUUGAAAAAUAUUUAAGGUACAGGUAGUUUUUACCAAAGACAUGCAAGUCCAAUGAAUGAAUGAUUUGAUCUAUGAUGCUGCCCCAUGGGCUUGUUGUGAUACAUUUGUUUUAGUCUCAGUACUAGUAUUUUUAAACUUUGAUCCUUUGUCUGAUUGAAAUAUAUAUGUGUGUGUUUAUAUAUAUACACACACACUACACACACAUACAUCUAUGUACAUAUAUCUGUGUGUGUGUGUGUGUGUGUUUAGGUUAAAGAGAAACUAGUAUGGAGGGGUAGAAAGACUUCUUGUGUUGAUACUAUUUAUAGCUGAAAAGGAAGGUGUAAUUUGUGUAACAUAUUAUCCCUUUUUAUAACAAAUUAUACCUAGUAGGAGUUACAAAUUAUACCUUUGUGUGACAAAUCAUACCAGAGGAGAGACUUGAGAGAUAUACAUGUACCUUGACUCAAGAUUGCCAUGACUGUUAUGCUCAACUUGAACAGUUAAUUUUGAAAGAUGAAGAAGUAAUUUUAAUUGAACUAAUUUUUAACCUGAACUAUAUUUAAAAAGGACUGUUUUAUGUAUUUUAUUCACAGUAUACAAGAUGAUAUUGUGCUUGAACUAACACACUUCUCCAUUUAAUUCUGGGAUCAUUAAAGAUUUUUUUGAUUUGUAGCAGUUUAUCAAACUGUGUUGUUUUUUAUGGGUAUGAUUUAUUGUUAUGAAUCAUGUCAUAUUUGUUGGUUUAUAAGUUAUUUUAUGUACAAUAGUGUUUAUGCUUUUGAAUUUCUUAUUUAUAAAGUUUGUGGAAAAACAA